CGGCUGAAGAGAGAAAUGUGGGCCCGGGCGACGAAGUUGGGCCUUUGGUCCUGGUUGGGCUGGCACCGGGGCUUCACCUCCAAGGCGGAUCCUCAGGGUAGUGGCCGGAUCACGGCCGAGGUGAUCGAACACCUGGAGCGUCUAGCGCUUGUGGACUUCGGCAGCCAAGAGGCCGUGGCACGGUUGGAGAAAGCCAUCGCCUUUGCCGACCGGCUCCGCGCGGUGGACACCGACGGGGUGGAGCCCAUGGAAUCAGUACUGGAGGACAGAUGUCUAUACUUGAGAUCUGACAGUGUGGUAGAAGGCAACUGUGCUGAAGAACUACUACAAAAUGCCCAUCAAGUUGUGGAGGAGUAUUUUGUGGCCCCCCCAGGUAAUAUCUCUUUGCCAAAGCAGGAUGAACAAGAGCCUUUUUCAGACAACUGAGUAGCAAUUCUGGGAAGGGGUACCCUGUGAACACGUGGAAGCCCAGAGACAGUAUUUUGUUAUUAUGAACACUAAUGUCCCCACUUCAGUCACCUGAAAAAAACUGAUGGUUAAGUAUUUUUUAUUAACUAACUCUCUGAAGACAAAAUUGGGAAAUAAUCUACCCAAAACAAGGCAAUGAGUUCCUGCUGCUACUGGAAGUAAGAGGUAUUGUUACUUUCUGAGGAAAUGGAUCAAGUAUUUAUUCACAGGCUGUUCAGUAUGUAAAGAUGUUAUCCUCCUUUAUCUCCUCCAGAAAGACUGUCUACCAAACGGCACUUGAGUGGAUUUUUCUAUUGAUGUAA